AUGGACAUGAAGACCAGUUCUACCAAGACUAUCAUCACCAUGACUUCUCCAUCAGCAGCCCUUAUGCAAAGCAUUCGCUCAGGCACCACUCACUUCAACGCAAUGACCCCCAAAGACCGUGUCAAGCUUGUUGCAAUCAUGGGAUACUGCACACUCGCCUUCAGUGCACCAUUUGCGGGAGCGGCAGAAAUGAGCAGACGUACACGCGAUGACAAUACAUAUGCAAAGAUGCGACCACUCAGCUACAGAGACUGCCUAGCCUAUGGCUCUCGUCUCGAAGACUAUGCUGGUCUUGGUCGCCGACUUUGA